AUGGGCAUACGGAAUCAUUCCACCGUGACCGAGUUCCUGAUCCUCGGACUCACAGACCAACCGGAGCUGCAGCUGCCCCUUUUCUUCCUCUUCUUGGGGAUCUACCUCGUGACGGUGCUGGGGAACCUCGGCAUGAUCGCCAUCAUCGGGCUGAGUUCGCAGCUGCACACCCCCAUGUACUACUUCCUCAGCAGCCUCUCCAUGUUAGACUUCUGCUACUCGUCAGUCAUCACCCCCAAAAUGCUGGCGGGCUUCCUGUUCCGAGACAAGUCCAUCUCCUACUCUGGCUGCAUGGCACAGCUCUUCUUCUUCUGCAUCUUCGUCAUCGCCGAGUGCUACAUGUUGGCGGCCAUGGCCUACGACCGCUACGUGGCCAUCUGCAGUCCCCUGCUCUACAACGCCAUCAUGUCCCCCCGGGUCUGCGCCCUGCUGGUGGCCGCGGUGUUCUCGGUGGGCCUCACCGACGCCACGAUUCACAGCGGGUGCAUAUUCAGGCUGGACUUCUGCGGCCCGAACGUCAUCAAGCAUUACUUCUGCGACAUUGUUCCUCUGAUUACCCUCUCCUGCUCCAGCACAAAGGUGGAUGAGCUUCUGAUUUUCAUCAUUGGCGGCUUUAACAUGGUAGCCACCAGCCUGACCAUUGUCAUCUCCUACGCCUUCAUCCUCGCCAGCAUCCUCCGCAUCCGCUCCAGAGAGGGCAGGGCCAAGGCCUUUGGCACCUGCAGCUCCCACCUGAUGGCCGUGCUCAUAUUUUAUGGCUCUCUCAUGUCUAUGUAUCUCAAACCUGCUUCCAGCAGUUCGGUGACCCAAGAGAAAGUGACUUCUGUGUUUUAUACCACAGUCAUUCCCAUGCUGAACCCCCUGAUUUACAGUCUGAGGAACAAGGAAGUGAAGAACGCACUGAUGAAACUCUUUAAAAGAAAAAUCGAUUCGUGA